CGCAGCACAAGUUUUGGAUGAGAUAGCUAACACGGUUAGCCGCAGUGGGCUAGCACCUCUUUCUCCCAGCUCAGCAAAGUAUUUUGAACUCUCCAGUGCGGACAUAUGAAACUUAUAUUUUUCUCCGACGCGAGGAUGGAUGUAAAACAGUAACGGAUUUCACGGUAGAGAGACGGACGAUGGAUGUGUAAUGUCAUUUAACAGCCAGCUAACUUAGUUUGUAUUUAACGCAGCUAACGUUAGCAGCAGGACUACAGGAUACUUUAAAAACUACAUUUAUCAGCUUUUGCUAAAUUGUUUUAUACAGCGUGACUGACGUAGUAUACGUAACGUGUAUGACGCGUGUAUUAACUGAGGAAAAAUGUCAGUGAAAGCCUUUUUAAAACUUUGAUAGAAGUUGAAGCAUCCAUCCUCACGGACGUGUGGACAGUCACAUGCACAGCUGUGCUAUGCCAACACACUCAUCUGCUGUAUACACCACAGAGUAUAACAGUAUUAUGACUUGACAGUGCGGUCGUCUUGUAUGAACUUUGAAUACAUUGAGUGGUUUUUAGUUUAUUUUGCUAUUCGCAAUGGCAAGUGCCCUAGCAGCGAGGAUGGGCUUUAACUCCCUGAUGAGAAAACAAGCCAGGAGCUUCAACGUGAGGAUCUGCACGAUGGAGUCAGACAUGGAGUUCAGCUGUGAGGUCAAGUGGAAAGGAAAAGACCUUUUUGACUUGGUGUGCCGAACUCUUGGACUGAGGGAGACGUGGUUUUUCGGGCUGCAGUACGACAUCAAGGACACAGUCGCUUGGCUGAAGAUGGAAAAGAAGGUUCUGGAUCAGGAGGUGCCAAAGGAGGAACCAAUCACCCUUCACUUCCUGGCCAAGUUUUACCCUGAGAAUGCAGAGGAGGAGCUAGUGCAAGAUAUCACACAGCAUCUCUUCUUCUUACAGGUGAAGAAGAAGAUCCUCGAGGAGGAGAUUCACUGUCCACCCGAGGCCUCUGUGCUACUCGCUUCCUACGCCGUCCACGCUAAGUACGGAGACUACGACCCCAACGUCCACAAACCUGGCUUCCUGGCUGAGGAGGAGCUGCUGCCAAAGAGGGUGAUUAACUUGUAUCAGAUGACUGCGGAAAUGUGGGAGGAGAGGAUCACAGCGUGUUAUGCAGAGCACAGGGGCAGGACGAGGGAUGAAGCUGAGAUGGAGUAUUUAAAAAUAGCUCAGGACCUGGACAUGUAUGGCGUCAAUUACUUUUUAAUCAGGAAUAAAAAGGGAACAGAUCUUCUUCUGGGAGUGGACGCCCUUGGUCUGCACAUCUACGAGCCGGACAACAAGCUGACACCCAAAUGCUCCUUCCCUUGGAAUGAGAUCCGCAACAUCUCCUACAGCGACAAGGAGUUUACCAUCAAACCUCUGGACAAGAAAACAAAUGUUUUCAAGUUCAACUCUUCUCGCCUCAGAGUCAACAAGUUGAUCCUCCAGCUGUGUAUAGGGAACCAUGACCUGUUUAUGCGGCGGCGGCGUGUAGACUCUCUUGAAGUACAACAGAUGAAAGCUCAGGCCAGAGAGGAGAGGGCCAGAAAACAGGUAGAAAGGCAGCAUCUGCAGAGGGAGAAGCAGCUGCGGGAGGAGGCAGAGAGAGCCAGGGAUGAGCUGGAGAGGAGGCUGAUUCAGCUGCAGGAUGAGGCUCACAUGGCCAAUGAGGCACUGCUGCGAUCGGAGCAGACGGCGGACCUGCUGGCUGAAAAGGCCCAGAUCGCCGAGGAGGAGGCCAAGCUGCUGGCCCAGAAAGCUGCCGAGGCUGAGACAGAGAUGCAGCGCAUCAAAGUGACUGCCAUCCGCAGCCAGGAGGAGCGGCGGCUCAUGGAGCAGAAGAUGCUGGAGGCAGAGAUGCUGGCCCUCAAGAUGGCCGAAGAAUCGGAAAGGAGGGCCAAGGAGGCUGAGCAGCUGAAACAGGACCUGCAGGAAGCUAAGGAGUCUGAGCGCAGGGCAAAGCACAAGCUGCUGGAGAUAACCAGCAGGGCUGUCUAUGCGUCCCCUGGCCUGCCUCCUGACAGCAUGCCUCCUGACCUGAGCUUCAGCAGGGAAAACCUAAGCUUUGACUUUAAAGAUACAGACAUGAAACGCCUCUCCAUGGAGAUCGAAAAGGAAAAGGUCGAGUACAUGGAGAAGAGCAAGCACCUGCAGGAGCAGCUCAAUGAGCUGAAGACGGAGAUUGAAAGUCUGAAGCUGAAAGAGAGGGAGACUCCUCUGGACAUCAUACACAACCAGAACACCGAGCAGGGGACCAGCAAGCACAGCAACUUUAAAAAGCUAACGCUACAGAGCACCAAGUCCAGAGUGGCCUUCUUUGAAGAACUCUAAACUACAUACCUGUAAAGGUAAGGAUGCACAGUUGCCAAGGACCUCAUGAUUCUACAUUCCUGGCCAGUUUAUAUGAUUGGCCGCACUACAAAGCCUUAUGCUCCACCUCUUGGGAAACUUCCACGAAACACUACGAACAGAAAAAUUGCCACUGCCUUGAUCUGCACCAACUCCAGGGGCCUUGUGUACACACAAACAAGGAUGCAUGCAUAAUGUUCCUGCACUAAAUCUAAGAUUUAUAAAACAAAAAAAAAGUGUGUGUGUUUACAGUAAGAGUGUGUGAAAUACGGCACAUUCUCCUUGAAUAUUUGAAGUGAACUUGGGUGUGGGUUUUAUUAAUGUCAAAGAACAAAGGUGUAUUUUUGCGAUGCAAAAAGAAAAAAACAAGAAUGGAUUGCUGUGGUUCCUCUGGCUCGAAUGAGUCAGUAUUUGUGGACCUAUUAUAUCAUGUCCAAAUGGGGUGACCUACAUAAUUUGAUUGCCUGACUGUUUUGAAAUUCAAAUAGAAACCACUAAGGGAUAAAGUUAAACAAGACAAUGACUUGAUUCCAUUAUCUCAUAUGGCUGAUAUGCUGGCUUUUCCUAACCCAAAUAUUCGAUAUGUAGUAGUUUUAGGCAUGAAGUACUGUAUUUGAUUUAUAAUGCCGACAAAUUCCUCCAUAUCAUAUAUUCUUUCUGUACAUAAUGACUUCAUGCUGCCUUAGUUUUCUUGUUUCAGUGGAAUGGUUAAAUGAAAAGCCAUCAUACAUGUAAACAGUUGUUUAUUACUAAUAGUGGGAGUUGAUGGGCUGUGGUGGAUAUCUGUGAUUUAUAAUAAUUCAUUUGUAUCGUUUUUUUUUUUUUUAAGUCUCAGAAUUUGUUCCCAUGUUUGUAUUUUUAUGAAACUUGUAUAGUGAAUGUAGACAAAGUGUUACAUGAGGCCGCAGGACCUGCGUUUACAUCUCGUGCACGCAGAGAAGUCACGUUACAUACUCUAUCUCUGGCUGCCUCGAGCAGCUGAACACUUGAUUAGGUUGCCCUCACAUAAGGCACCGAGUGCUCAGUGCACUAUGAUCUGCUCUCAAGAGUGAAGAGACCAUCAUAGGUACAAGGUGCUCCUAAGAAAUCAAACUGGAUGAAGGAACUGUGAUUCUCAGAUGUGAGCUUGUGUCACAUCUAUCAUGUGUCUGUCUUUUUUUUUUUUUUCUUUUUCUUUUGUGUGAAGACAACCACUUUUUUCGAAACAUGAAUUUGCAUCUAUUUUGAAUUAAUGCAUCUUUUUGAAUUAAUGUGUUCUUCCCUCUGAAAGCAAUUUAUUUUGGGGAAUUAUAAUGUGAUGAAAAUAUAGUAGUUUUUCUUCCUGUCUGCGGAUAGUAAGCAGUAUUUAAAUGAAACUUUGGGUGAAGUUACAGUACCUUUAUUACUACACAUAGAAUUUCAUAGAAACAUUGAACAUAUAGAGUAUGUAUGUUUUUCAUGUAAAAUAAAUGAAAAUCAG